UUACGGACCUAAAAAGAGUGUCGGACCCCUCUAAAACGACGUCGGCCCAUGAAACUCUUCUAUAAAUAUCCCUCCCACGACAAAUGCAAUCUCCUUCUUAAACCCUAAUCCAUCGAAAACCCUAGCCUCCUCCUCUCACAGUAAUCUUCAGCACAAUGACCGGAGAAGCAGUCAACCCUAAAGCUUACCCCUUGGCCGAUGGUCAGCUCACCAUCACCAUUCUCGACCUGGUUCAGCAAGCCUUCAACUUCAAGCAGCUCAAAAAGGGCGCCAACGAAGCUACUAAGACCCUGAACAGAGGUAUUGCUGAGUUCAUUGUGAUGGCUGCUGAUACCGAGCCGCUUGAGAUUCUUCUUCAUCUUCCCCUCUUGGCUGAAGAUAAGAAUGUGCCCUAUGUGUUCGUGCCUUCGAAGCAAGCUCUUGGACGAGCCUGUGGUGUCUCAAGACCUGUCAUUGCUUGUUCUGUGACAACAAAUGAGGGUAGCCAAAUGAAAGUCCAAAUACAACAGCUCAAGGAUGCCAUUGAGAAGCUCCUUAUCUAAACUAUUGUGGAGCAUAGUUGGUGUGAUUCGGUGUGAUGGGCCUCUCAGACUAUAGUGGUUGCUACUUCAGAGGCUUGGACUGAUGGAGUUGUACUACUAGGAAAAUUUUUAGUGUUGACUUGUAUUAAAGUUUUUAUUUCUAUGAACUGCUAAGCAGCCAACUCUAAACUCUAUUUGCAAGUAUAAGAUUGUAACAACUUGCAUAAUAUGAAUUGAGUUAUUUGCUUUUAUCUUU